AUGGCCAACACAUCUUCUGCAUCAGCUGCACCUUCUGGUGUUGCCUUUGCCCUUGCCAACGGUUCUCCUGUCCGCUCAGCGAUGUCCAUCUUCAACCUUCUUGGACGCGUCGCGAUAGUCACAGGAGGUCACCGAGGUAUCGGUCUCGAAAUUGCACUCGCUCUCACAGAAGCCGGAGCCGUUGUCUACUGCCUCGACCUGGCACCCCAGCCCGACCAGGACUGGCUCAAAGUCAAGAACUUUGCUGCUGGGCUUCCCAACCUCGUAGCCCAAGGUGAAGUUCAGAAGGGCAGGCUCGAAUAUAUGUCCUGCGACGUGACGAAACAAAAGGAGACGUGGGAUUUGGUUGAAAUGAUUGCGGAUAAGGAGGGUAGGAUAGAUAUCUGCUUCGCUAACGCUGGUAUGCUGUCGGGUGCAGAGGCUCUAGAUUAUCCUGCUGCAGAUUUCCAGAAGAUUCUGGAUGUCAACAUCAAUGGCGUCUUGUACACCGCACAAGCUGCUGGUCGGCAGAUGGUGAAACGAGACAUGGCUGGGAGUAUUAUCUUGACUGGUAGUAUCAGCGCAAGCGUUGCGAACAAGGGAAUGCACUGGACAGCUUAUAAUACUAGCAAGGCAGCAGUUGUCCAGAUGGCGCGUUCAUUGGCUUGUGAACUGGGGUCGAAGAAAAUUCGCGUCAACACCAUCAGUCCAGGUUAUAUAUACACCGACAUGACGAAGGCCUUCCUUGAUGAUAAGCCUCAACUUUUGAAAGAGUGGAGCUCUCAUAACCCUCUCGGUCGUCUCGGUUCACCUGAUGAACUUCGAGGAGUGGCUCUUUUCCUAGCCAGCGAUGCUUCAACCUUCUGUACCGGGUCAGACCUGAUUAUCGAUGGUGGGCACUGCGCAUGGUAG